GACACAAUUUGAUUGCACUGAAAAUCAGCGUUUGACAGAAGAGAGAACCAUGUCUUUUUGUAGAUUUCCUUUCACAGAAAACAAGAGAAUGAAGAACAGGGCGUUAAUAGUGUCUGUGGGGAACUUCUAUCCAGAUGCAGGUCUGAACAAGAGGAACGGUGUGAAGAGAGACACUCAAAGGCUUCACAAAAUCCUCACCAAACUUGGCUUCUCUGUGGAAAUCAGAAUAGACAUUGAAGCAGAAGAGAUCUGUGAAGCAUUUAAAGCAGAGAGCGAGAAGACGGUCAAAGACUGUUUCGUGGGCAUCAUAUCCACUCAUGGUGAGGAGGGUGUUGUGUUUGGUGCUGACGGAUGUGCCGUGAAACUGGCCGAGAUCUACAGCUACUUUGGAGGCCCUUCAAUGGUGGACAAGAGCAAACUCUUCCUGAUCCAGGCUUGUCGAGGUCAUGAGUUAGAUGGAGGUGUGGAGGUGGAGACAGACUCUUCAUUCUCAGAGGAAGAUGACGGCUUGUCUGAGCUUUUUUCCAUUCCUAUUGACACUGCAGUUAUGUACGCCACAUCACCAGGUUACGGUGCGUUCAUGCAUCCUCGGGGCUCGCCGUUGAUUCAGACUCUCUGUGAUUUGCUGGAAAAAGAAGGAGGUCCAGAUCUGGAGAUCACAAAACUUCUGACUCGACUAAACCACCAGGUGGCCUACAACUUCCAAUCAAGAGGGGAAAAGUUGGGUGGCAAAAAGCAGAUGCCGUGCUUUGUGACCCGCUUUACCAGAGAAGUUUUCCCGUUCAUGGACAGCAGGACGGCAGCAGCAGAAGAUAUGAACUUGAAUUUUGCAGCCACAAAACUCAUCAGUGAACCUGUAAGGUCCCGGAAGAGCUCCAUCAGCUGAAGAUCAUUUAACAGAGACUGACUGUAAAGAAUCUGAUGAGGGGAAUCUUUAUCUCAGAUAAACUUUUCUAUAACAUCUUUCAAAGUAUCUCACCGGAGACUGAUAAUGAAUCCAGUGACGUCAUGUCACGUAAAGUUUAAUCUUCUUCAAGAAGUGAGUGGUUGGGAAAGUUGCCAGAUCUGACCUGUGCUUUCUUAGUGUCCAUUCAUGUGUCAUGAGUUUUUGCAAUCUCCUAAUGUAUAUAUGGUGCUCAAUAAAAAACGGUGUGGAAAUGGUGCUACAUUUUUUUUAGGAUUCGUUGAUAAAUAGAAAGCUUUUAUUUCAAAAAAGAACUUUGUCACAGUUAUCUGGACUCAUUCACCUUUAGUUUCGUUCUCAUGGACUUUCAGUUUUGUUUUCAUCAGUCACGUGUGUUCCUUUAAGUUUUCUUGCCAGUCAUCAGUUCCCAUGGACACACAUCAGACCAUCACAGCUGUUCAUCAUCUCCUCAUCAUCACUGUGUAUUUAAGGUGCGUUCACGCCACCUCGUAAUUCCAAGAUUCUAGCUUGUAAAAAGCUACAGCUUGUAGGAUGGCCGCUGUACCACCUGACUGCUGUAGAUUCAUUUAGGUAUUGAUAGUGGUGCCAUAGAAACACAUAAUUCCCACUCCGAAGACAUGAACAGCUCUGAAUAUAAUGUCACGUGUUGUCAUCUCAAGAUUCCAGUAAAUACGAGGUGGCGUGAACGCAGCAUUAGUUCCUCACGUUCACUCUGUGCUGGUCAGCGAUGUUCAUGUUUGCUAGUGUUUUUCUGCACACUGUUACUGUCUACCCUUUUGUUUAAAUAAAACAUUUUGAUAUUUGUA